AUGUUUGUUUAUAGUUUCUUGGAUGAUCUGGAUCGGUUAGGCGCCAGGGAUUACCAGCCCACGGAGCAGGAUAUCUUAAGAACCAGAGUCAAAACCACCGGAAUCGUAGAGGUUCACUUCUCCUUCAAAAACCUUAACUUUAAAUUGUUCGACGUGGGUGGUCAACGGUCGGAACGGAAGAAAUGGAUCCAUUGCUUCGAGGAUGUGACCGCGAUCAUAUUCUGUGUCGCCAUGUCCGAGUACGACCAGGUGUUGCACGAAGAUGAGACAACGAACCGUAUGCAAGAGAGUCUGAAGCUGUUCGACUCGAUCUGCAACAACAAGUGGUUCACCGACACCAGCAUCAUCCUCUUCCUCAACAAGAAAGAUCUCUUCGAGGAGAAGAUCCGCAAGUCGCCUCUCACCAUCUGCUUUCCGGAGUACACGGGUGCCCAAGAGUACGGCGAGGCGGCCGCCUACAUCCAGGCGCAGUUCGAGGCCAAGAACAAGUCCACCACGAAGGAGAUCUACUGCCACAUGACGUGCGCCACCGACACCAACAACAUCCAGUUCGUGUUCGACGCCGUCACCGACGUCAUCAUCGCCAACAACCUCCGCGGCUGCGGCCUCUACUAG